AUGGGAUUGAAAAGGAUCUUGUUGUUGUUAUUUGUGGUGGUGAUUGGUGAAGCGGUCAAGUUGCCAGAUGGGUGGACGAUAAGAGAAACGAAUGAGGUGAUCUCCGAGCUCUCAAAGAAUUGCCCAGUGACAUCAAAAAGUUUGGUGAAACUUGAGGAGAAGCUCGCUAACCCAAUCACACUCCUCUAUGGGUCAAUUCCUCGAUUUUACAUGCAGGCAGUUGCUGAUAUUUCAAAGAAACAUCCGAAUGAAAUGGCGCAACUCGCCGAAGAAAAGCACAAUUUGGAGGAAACUUACAAAAGCAAUGCCACAGAAGCGAAACUCUCGAUCCUCAAGCAUGUGGUGAAUAUUGUCAACAUCACAUUGGCCAAUAUUGAAGAAGAUGAGAUUUUGACAGUCCGAAGCCAUUUAUUCGAGACCGCUGAUAUUGUUGAUGGAAAUGAGAUCCUCGACUACAACUUCAUCUUCUCGCCCGUUUACACCUCAAAACUCACCUCAUUGCCUCGAAAAGUCUUGAAAUUUUUCGACACUUUCAUCGCUGACUACAAGGAGAAAUUGAAAACGGAAAACUUGAAGAGCUUCGGAAAUUCGCCGAAUAGCCUGAAGGCGUUGAGCGAUUUCGAGGCGGCGCUUGACGGGGAUUUCACCGAGUUGAAAAAUGAGAAGUUCUUGUAUCCACAAAAUUUAACAUAUCCGUUGAUUGUGUUGAAGUUGGCGCAUUUGGCUCCACGCGACGAGAUCGCGAACUCGACGGCGCUCUUUGCAAAGAUGCCCGAAGAGGAGAAAGACUUUGAUGAGUUGAAAAAUGACCUCAACGAGCUCCUCCCCAAAUCACUUCCACUCAUCGAAAAAUUACGGCAACAAUUCGAGAGUCAAGCCAAGAAAUUACUCGAUGAAAUCAGUGGAACGCUGGAAAAAUCCCGUGCUUCGGUGAAAGGAAAAGACGAAACAUUGGAGAAAUUGCUGACAAAAGUGAAUGGGGAAUACACGGAGAAACUCGAUGAAUUGCAAAAAAAACUCACGUGGCAUGUGAAGAAAAAUGUGUAUUCGGAUUGCCUUGAACUUCUCUCAAAAACCCCCGAAUCCGAGUACAACAACUUGCACAAAUUCGUCGGUGUGUUGGCUCGAUUCGCCGCACGACAACAGUUGAGAAAGGGUGGCUACCGUUUCUGGCAAUCGUUCAAGACGACCGCUCCAAAUCUUCAAGCUCUGACUGGAGCCGUGAAAGAGGCUUUCUCAAAUGUCACCGCUGGUGUCCACAAUGCGGCACAAGAAUUGCUAACAGCCGCUCAGAAGAAAGUGUCCAACCAGGAUUUCCUCGCAUUCGCCACCAAAAUCGACACCGUUUUGGAGGCAAAAAUGACCCAAUUGACAAACAUGCAAUCGAUGCAGGUACAUUUGGCUUAUCCAAUCCCGAUCCUCUUGAUCAUCAACGAUCUCCCUCGACCCGAGUACGAAUAUUUCGAGAAGCAACGAGAAAAGCUCGCGAAGCAU